AUGGUUGAAGUUCUCCGUGCGCCGUCCCUGGGACAGCCACUAUCACCAGGUUCGUCCGACAUGAUGGAUAUCUCAAGUAGAUUCCUCAAUGUGGACCUCGGUCCAGCCUCGGAAACAUCAGUGGUGGUAUUGCAGCAGCAGAAGGUGUCUGCAAAGGAAGCUGUAGCUAGGAAUGGCCUUCUCUGGACGCCUCGACGUGCUUUUUCCACAACUGAUUAUCCACCCUCGGUUAAUUCGUCCAUCGUCCUGCAGAGACAACACCGUCUACCCACCCCGCUUGCUACACCAAGAGAGUCUACGGAGACAGACUCAUACUUCGAGUUCCACCCUCAUGUUGCGACUGCAAAGCCGCAGCUCGCAGUUUCUCCGGUCGUACUCACUCCGCGAGGCACGAACCAUGUCCAGCCUGCACGUCCACCCAUGCCAGCACAGCUAAGGUCAUACUCAGUGACAGACGUCGAGCCAGUCCCAUUUACACACCAACCGGGUGUAGCCCUUACCAUAGAGGAUCUCCCCCCUGAGCUGCACUACGCUAUCUUCGACUUUUUGGAUCCCAUCGACAGCACGUGCCUAGGGUUGACAAGCAAGCAUUUCUACUCCAUCCACGAGCGGAUGCACGGCAAAGUGUCGUUGUCAGCUAGGCGAGAGGGUCCUAACGACAUGGAGUGGGUGUGGCGGAACGCACUUAUAUCGGGUCCGUUCGUGGCUAGCAGCGGAGUAGGCAAGCAGAACUCGCUGGCCCUGUUGUCCCCACGGGGCCAGGUAUACUGCCGCAAGUGCCGCACAGCACGCUGUGAGCUGCACAACCACAUCCGCGAAUGGGUCGGCGGCAACCAGGAAUAUUGCGAGGUAUCGCAAAAGUUUGGCGCCGCCGCUCCUGAGAAGGCGAGGGCUUUCUGUUACCGGAGCUCUCCGAGACACCCACACCGUUGCGGGAGACACACACGACAGCAGCGGCCCGUUCGGCUCGUGUAA